AUGUCUUCUACUCCGAGACUCCAAUGCGCCGAUGUCGACCCCAGUCCCUUGGGCCAGCCCCUCAAGUUUGAGUUCUCGGGCCGUACAGCCCCAAACCGGUUCUUGAAGGGAGCCAUGAGUGAGCGUCUUGCUUCUUUCUCUUUCAACGACCUCAAUGCUCGUGGUAUUCCUUCGCCUGCCUUAAUUCAGGCCUACAAGAGCUGGGGUGAGGGACAAAUUGGAAUCAACCUGACCGGUAAUGUCAUGAUCGAUCCCGGUCACCUCGAGGCAGCCGGGAACCCAGUCAUCCCUCAGCAUGCGCCGUUCUCAGGUGAGCGGUUCAAGCGUUUCCAGGAGCUCGCGACAGCUGGAAAGGCUGCUGGCAUGCUCAUUGUCGCCCAGGUUGGACACCCUGGCCGUCAGACUCCUCAGUAUCUUCAGCCGAACCCGAUCAGUGCCAGUGAUGUUCAAGUCAAAGGUGAUCCUAUGGGUAUGACAUUCGGAAAGCCCCGUGCUGCUACGGAGGAAGAUAUUGCCAACAUCAUUGAUGGCUUUGCUCACGCUGCCGAGUAUCUUGAUAAGGCUGGCUUUGAUGGUAUCCAACUUCAUGGUGCGCACGGUUAUCUUCUUAGUCAGUUUUUGUCGCCUACUACAAACCUUCGUACCGACAAGUAUGGUGGCAGUUUGAAGAACCGGAUGAGAUUGAUCUUGGAGGUUCGGGAUGAGAUCGCCAAGAGGGUUAGCAAGGAGUUCAUUGUCGGCAUCAAGGUCAACAGUGUUGAGUUCCAGGAGAAGGGCUUCCAGCCUGAAGAGGCCAAGGAGCUGUGCGAGGCUCUUGAGGAGCAUGCUUUCGACUUUGUUGAACUGUCGGGUGGUACUUAUGAGAAUUGGCCUUUGGCCAACCAGAAGCGGGAGUCCACGCUGGAGCGUGAAGCUUUCUUCUUGGACUUCGCCAAACUCAUCGUGCCCGGUUUGACUAAGACCAAGACCUACGUCACUGGAGGCCUGAAGACCGUCGAGGGCAUGGUCAAGGCUCUUGACACCGUUGACGGAGUUGGUCUUGGUCGUGCUCUCUGCCAGGAGCCCAACCUUUGCGCGCAGAUCCUGUCCGGUCAGGUCAAGAGUGCCAUGCUUCAGAAGUUGGACAUGCUGGACUUCGGUGCCACUGCCGGUGCGGCUGGUCUUCAAAUUUCGCAGAUGGGCAAGGGCUUGCAGCCCAUUGACCUCUCUGUGCAAGAGAACGUUAUGAAGCUUUUCGGCACCCUGGGUGCAUGGGCUGCCGAGAGGAAGGAGAACCCAGACCUCUACGAGUUCCCUGCCCUGCCGGGCUAUGAGGUUCCCUACUCCACUGGGCUCCUGUAA